CUCAGUGUGGGAAGUCAAGUGGUCGCAUGCUCAGAGACCAAUCUGCCAACCCUCCAAGAGUGCAAACGGAUGCUCGCGUACUCCCUCCUCAAGCAAAUACAAGUCUGGAUUAUAGCAGAAAGACUUACAACAGACGAGAACAACCACCUAAACAAAGUGGAUUCAGUCAAGCGCCUCAUCAGCCUUACCAGCCGCAGCCAUACCCUGAGUUUACACCCGAGAAGUAUUCGCCAGACGCAACAAGUGCUAUAGAAGUGGCAAAAUUCCUGAUGCACCGUGAGAUAGUGGGCGCUGGUCUCAUGAAAUUCGAUGACUGUCCAGAAAACUACUGGGCCUGGAAGUCAUCUUUCCUGAGCGGUACCCAAGACUUAAAUCUGACAGAGAAAGGAAAGCUUGACCAGCUUGUCAGAUGGCUAGGACCAGAGUUCACUGAGCAAGCCCAAAGGAUCAGAUCAGUACAUGUUCAUGACGCAGCAGCAGGACUUGCAAUGGUGUGGCGGAGACUAGAACAAUGCUAUGGAUCACCUGAAGUGAUCGAGGAUGCUCUUCUGAAAAGGAUAGAAAACUAUCCAAGAAUAACAAAUAAGGAUUACCAAAAGCUGAGAGGUUUGGGAGACCUACUCUUAGAAAUAGAAGCCGCUAAGUCUAGUUGAUAUCUGCCAGGUCUCUCAUAUCUGGAUACAGCACGUGAAGUUGAGCCCAUAAUCGAGAAACUUCCUUACAACUUGCAAGAAAGGUGGGUAGCUCAAGCUUCAAGAUACAAGAAAGAUCAUCGAGUUGCAUUUCCACCGUUCGCCUUCUUCGCUGAAUUCAUAGAAGACCAAGCUGAAAUACGCAAUGACCCAA